AUGGAGAUCAUUGCCUUUAGUGACAGAAUUGAAGAGUUCAGGGCAAUCAACACUGAAGUUGUUGGUUGUUCAGUAGAUUCAGUUUUUACCCAUUUAGCUUGGUAUGUUAACCCUUUACACCCUAACAUCAGUAUGUAUAUUCUCCAUUACUACUUUCUACACAUUUCCAAGAGUUCUGACAAGGAGAAUUUGUUCAACAAUCAAGAGUUUCUUUAGUUGGUGAUCAUCUCCUUUAUUCUCAUGACCUAAAUGUUUGAUUUAGGGCUGAUGUUGUUAGGAGAAGUUAGAUGUUAGUCACUCUCAGGGGUUUAAGGGUCAAUCCUAAAUUUUAACUGAAUUUGUAACUUUAAAGGAUUUGAGAGUUUUAAAAAAACAGAGAAAGGUAUUUCCAAUUUAUAUUGAAGAUUUGUAGAAUGCCAGAAAUUAAAGUAAAAAGGAAAAAUUACCAUUUUUGGUAAAAAAAUCUACCAUAAAAUGUAUUCCAGUUUUAAGUUACAUUCAUUCUACAUGUUUGUGUAAAGUGUUAGAUCAUUACAAUAUAGUCAUCCAGGAGAGAACUUUUGAAUGACUCCAUGGAUAAUCACAAAGAUAUAUAUAUUGCUACAGCAGUGUUCACCCUUAUUUUAAGCAUGAUUGGUAAUUUAAAGAAUUCUCAAAACAGCUAGUAGAGCAAUCCUUGUACCUGUUGAAUUGUUAAGAAUUCCCAGAGGUACCAGAGGCAAUAAAUAAGUUCCUACAGUAUAUUCUUUUCAAUUCUAGGAUAAACACUCCAAGGAAAGAGGGUGGACUGGGAAGGCUUAAAUAUCCUCUGUUAUCUGACUUAAACCACCAAAUUGCUAAAGAUUAUGGAGUACUGCUUGAGAAUGAAGGUCACACCCUAAGGUGAGGAUAUCUGUGUUUUGUAUUUCCUCAUGUUUCUGACUUUUUGUGUCUGUAGGCCAUUCUAUUUAAACAUGUGUUUAGUGUUUAUCAGCUGUGAUCCUCUUGGAAUAAUAAACAUUAUUCAACAAAGUGGAGGUGAAAUAGCUGGGGAUAUUAACCGAGCUGUAAAGCAGCUAGGUAAAUAUCUACCACUUUCACCUACACUGAGGUAAAUAAUUAUAUUAGCAUAUACACUGUAUGUACCACACAGAAAUAAAAAAAUCAGUACAUUUCUGUCAAUAUACAAAGAAAUGGUUGGAAAUUAAAUUUUUGAUGCAUGAUUCUGUUGCCUCGGCUGCUCAAAGGGUAAGAGUACUUGUUAAUCACUUUCAAGCCAGCCAAUCAGAGCACACAAAAAGCACCAUUCAUGUGUGUGGUAUGUACCAAAAAAACUUACUUGAUGUAAUGAUGAUAAUGAUUAUGACAAUGAUAAUGAUAAUGAUGAUCAUUUAAUAGACCAUAUCUGCUUGAACAAAGUAUUUCAUUAUCUGCAAUCUACCUAUUCUUGAUUUCUAAAAGCUGAACAUUUCUUUGUUUGUGCUCCUACCCUGGAUCAAGAUAUCCAGUUUUGAGCACCUGACUGGCAUUAUCUUGUUGCAUUGUUGGCUGUCACACCACAUAGUUAAGAAAAACGUAACUCAUAUACUGAAGAGUCUCUCUUGGUCGGAUGGUUUUUUCCCCUUAAUAUUACUACUUUUGCAGGGGGAGCUGGGGGGGGGGGAGUUAUGUCCCCGUAAUGGACAUAACAUCUAUGGAUUAAAAACACACUCAGAUCAGGUCUGAUCAGGUUGCUGUACUUUGCUUCCUUCAUGCUAUAUAACAGGUCUGAUAGUUAGGCAGGGGAGAUUUGGUUAAGGUGAGAAUAUUCUUACUUUUAUGACCAAUUUUAUUACAUGCCUGUUGUUCCAUUUCAGGGGUCUAUUUAUAAUCGAUGACAAAGGGACUCUACGACAGAUCACAAUGAAUGACCAACCGGUAUGUUGUAACUGUACAUGUAUGACUGUAAUUGUACCGUGAAUUUCUACUGCGAGUUUUAUGUAGCUGUUUGCUUCUACAGUUAAUUGUUCUUGAUACGCUGAGAAAAUUUAUCUGUCCAUUCAUAUAAUUUGAUUCGAGUCUGGCCCUCGUCCACUGUCACGUGGUAAAAAUCUCAAGCUCAUUGUUUAAUUGUUAAGCAGUGGGGAUCCCUUUCCUUUUAUUUCGUGACGUUUUUAUUAUUUCAUUUGAAAAAUAGUGAUAUUUCGAUUUUGAUUUGGACAAGGGAGAAAAAAAGCUGAGUAGAUAGUAUCAAGAAAAAAGGCUCCUGGUGUCCAGUCUCCUGAUUUUUUUGCGGUUAGCGGUCUUUGGCUUUAUAAAGUGUGAAGUACUAUUUAUAACUUAGCUACUCAAAGAAGUUAAUCUAAACUGGUUAUUUCGCAGGUGGGCCGAUCAGUCGACGAGACUUAA